AUGUUACCGCUGUCUAUCAAGGACGAUGAGUAUAAGCCGCCCAAGCUCAACCUGUUCAGGAAGGUGUCGGGCUGGUUCAGGUCCAUCCUGGCGGACAAGACCUCUCGAAACCUGUUCUUCUUCCUCUGCCUCAAUCUCUCUUUCGCCUUCGUGGAGCUGCUCUACGGCAUCUGGAGUAACAGUUUAGGUCUAAUAUCAGAUUCUUUUCACAUGUUUUUUGACUGUACUGCUUUAUUGGCUGGAUUAGCAGCUUCCGUUAUUUCAAAAUGGAGGGCAAAUGAUGCUUUCUCAUAUGGGUAUGUUCGAGCAGAAGUACUUGCUGGUUUUGUAAAUGGUUUAUUCCUCAUCUUCACAGCAUUCUUCAUUUUUUCUGAGGGUGUUGAGAGAGCUCUUGAGCCUCCUGACGUGCAUCAUGAGAGACUUCUUCCUGUUUCUAUACUAGGAUUCAUAGUAAAUCUUAUAGGAAUAUUUGUUUUUCAACAUGGAGGUCAUGGGCAUUCACAUGGCUCUGGGCAUGAACACAGCCAUUCUCUAUUUAAUGGUGGUCUCAGCCAUGGACACAGUCAUGGAGGUCAUGGUCACAGCCAUGAACACAAACAUGCCCACGGGCACACUCAUGAUCAUGGUCACAGCCACGGACACUCUCAUGAUGACCAUUCUCUUGAGGGGAUGGCUGGAUCCAGCAAACAGAUUUUACAAGGUGUAUUUCUACACAUCGUUGCAGACACUCUCGGAAGUAUUGGUGUAAUCAUAUCUGCAAUACUGAUGCAGAACUAUGGUCUAAUGAUAGCAGAUCCUAUUUGUUCAAUGCUGAUAGCACUACUUAUAGGUGUAAGUAUUGUUCCGCUUUUAAAAGAAUCCAUUGGGAUUUUGAUGCAGCGAACUCCUCCUUCCCUGGAAAAGGCCCUGCCUCAAUGCUACCAGAGGGUACAGCAAUUGCAAGGAGUUUACAGUUUACAUGAUCCACACUUCUGGACCCUCUGUACUGAUGUUUACAUAGGAACUUUGAAAUUAUUAGUGGCUCCUGAUGCUGAUGGAAGGUGGAUUCUAAGCCAAACUCACAAUAUUUUUACUCAGGCAGGAGUAAGACAGCUUUACAUACAGAUUGAUGUUGCAGCCAUGUAG